AUGUCGCCUUUGAGCCACAAACCUAGACGUUCGUCUCGUAUUGCGCCAAAUGACGACGAGAGCGGAUCAUUUUUCUCGCCCACGCCAAAGUCCGAACCCCAUACUUCGGUAUCGGACUUGGAUCUCUACAAUCUUAGCAUCAAAACCUCCGGCCAGAAGAAGGUCACCUACAUUCCUCCAUGGACGGAGCCAUAUGUAAUUGGUGUGGCUGGAUUUUCUGGAUCAGGAAAGACAUCCAUUUCCCAGAGAAUCAUCCUGGAGUUGAAUCAGCCUUGGACCGUUCUCUUGUCGUUUGAUAACUUCUACAAUCCAUUAACUCCGGAGCAGUCGAAACAGGCCUUUGCUAACAACUUUGAUUUCGACACCCCAGACGCUAUGGAUAUUGACAUGGUUGUAGAAAAGCUUACAUCAUUGAAGCAGGGAAAGAAAACAGAGAUUCCAGUCUACUCGUUUGCUCAGCAUACUAGAACGGACAAGACCAUCACUAUUUACGGAGCAAACGUCAUAAUCAUUGAAGGUAUCUAUGCCUUGUACGACAAACGUCUUUUAGAUCUCAUGGAUGUCAAGAUCUUUGUGGACACAGACUUGGAUGUCUGUUUGGCCAGAAGACUCACCAGAGAUAUCUUGUAUCGAGGAAGAGAUUUGGAGGGAGCGUUGAGGCAGUGGGAAACGUUUGUCAAGCCCAAUGCCGUGGCAUCGGUGACACCCACCAUGCAAAAUGCAGACUUGGUUAUUCCUAGAGGUCUCGAGAACACCACGGCCAUUGAGCUAAUGAUCAAGCAUAUCCAGAAGCAACUUGCUCUCAAGAGUAGCUUGCACCUUCGUAGAUUGAAAAGUUUGGGACUUGGAUCCAAAUUCCCGCUUCUGGCGUUCUCUAACUUAAAGGUGCUUCCAACAACCAACCACACCGCCGGUAUUCACUCCAUCUUGUUCAGUCAGUCUACAGACAGAACAGACUUCAUUUUCUACUUCGACCGUAUAGCUAACUUGCUUUUGGAGCUUGCACUCGAGCAGUUGACGGUGUUUGCUCCAAAAGUUGUCAAGUGUCAUGGUAACUACGAGUUCAAAGGCGUGGAGCAGACCCAGGAUAUCGUGGCUGUGAGCAUCAUCAGAUCUGGUGACUGCUUCAUGACGUCCAUCCGCAAAACAUUCCCAGCUAUUCCCAUCGGGAAGCUUUUAAUUCAGAGCGACUCACUUACUGGCGAACCACAAUUGCACGCGGAGUCUUUACCAUCUACAGUUAGUGGAGCCCAGUACUUUCUCUUCGAUGCACAAAUCAUCAGUGGAGCAGGAGCCAUUAUGGCCAUUCAGGUGUUAGUGGACCACGGAAUCAACCUGAAAGAUGUCACUUUGAUCACAUAUUUGCUGACAGAGAUUGGUGUGCGGCGUAUAUUCCAUGUGUUCCCAGAAGUGAAGAUUAUAGUAGGAAAGCUCAGCAACGUGGAGGAGUCUGAAUCCAAAUAUAACAGUGAGAAAUUCCAUGAUACGGAUUGGCUUUUCCGUACAAGGUUCAUCGAUUCGCUCUACUUCGGUACGGAUUAG